AUGUCUGGGACUGGCGCCUUAGAUCAACACAGCUGUGCGGGGAGAGGACACGCAGCUGGCCCGCGGACGCAUUCCUCCGCAAACACCAGUGUGAGAAACGGCCUGGAUAAGAACAGAGAGGAGAGAAGAGGAGUAGAGAGGACAGAGGAGAGGAGAGGAGGACAGAGGACAGAGGAGAGGAGAGGAGGAGAGAGGACAGAGGAGAGGAGAGGAGGAGAGAGGACAGAGGAGAGGAGAGGAGGAGAGAGGACAGAGGAGAGGAGAGGAGGAGAGAGGACAGAGGAGAGGAGAGGAGGAGAGAGGACAGAGGAGAGGACAGAGGAGAGGAAAGAGAAGAGAGGAGUAGAGGAGAGUGGAGAUGAGCCGAGGAUAAGAGAGAAGAGGAGGAGGAGAGCGAGGAAGAGAGCGAAGAGGAGGAGGAGAGCGAGGAAGAGAGCGAAGAGGAGUAGCGGAGAGAGGAGGAGAGAGGACACAAGAGAAGAGACAAGGAGACCAGAGAGAGUGGGAGAAGAGAGAGGAGGAGAGCAGAUGCCCUGCGCUCCUCGCCUCAGUGCUCACUCUGAUCACUCACUCCUUAUCUCCUGA